GGCAUAAUGUUCAAGCUACUACCGCCGAGCAUUUUUUCAACUGUGAGAAAACACAUGUUCAAGGCAAGGCGAAGAGCUCCCUUUUGCAUUUUGGCUCUAGAUCAUCUCGUGUUUUGGGAGGCCUAUGGAUCAGUAAUGAAACACCACUAGAACGACUCAGAUCUCGUGCGCAAGGGGACAAAUGCAAAUCCCAAAGGUGGUCAAAGUCACGGAAGGAUCUAAAAUAUCUUUGCAAGGGCCAUUGUGAACGAUGCUGUCCAAACGCAUUGUAGCAAAGACAAAGGCAACAUCAAAGACUAAGCUUGGAAUGGUGAAAAUUGCAAUCAGUCUUGUGUGUCUUCUUCAAAGUUUUGUUCUAGUUCAAGCAAAAGCCACUAGGCCAAGAAUUGAUUCUUUCAUCAGUAGAAAUAGGAAAUUACACAUUACUCCAGAUGAAAAUCUCAGCAGCUCAAGAGUUGAAAUGGCGGAGGUCAUCCUGGCUACGUUGGAAAACAAGCUGAGGAAAGUAGAGAACCUUGAUCGUGCCGUGCAGCAUCUCAUGAGACGAUUGGAUGGAUUGGAAGCCAAGAUAGAUCAAACCAACUCACAAGCUCGAGCUCAAAUUGACGAGAAAUUCAGGGUCGACACCGACAGAUUCAAUACAAUCCUGUCUAAUUUGGAUCAACUGAAGAUGAAGUUUGACAGCGUAUGUGAAGAGGAUGCUAAAUCCCUGGAGGACGACUUCAUAGCCCUGCCAUCAGUUCACCAACCGAGACUGCUUCGAGUGGGCGAAAAUAACAUAUUUGCCACCGGAGAAAGUGGAGACCUCGGAUUUGGAGGGUCCCCUCCACUUCAAACCGAGUCUUUGAUCAAGGCUAUGGAUGAGGUGAAAGACACGGUUCAUGGGAUGGACCGACGAUUGGCUUUCCAUAUCAAUAUUGUUUCCGAGAAUUUGGGGAAAAUGGACAACCUUAUUCGUGACGUACAUGAAACGGUCUCCAAUGAGGAUAUCAACCUCAGCAAAAAAGAUGAUGUUAGCUCUGGCGUUCUUUCUCGAAGGAAAUUCAUCAGAGCUAAGAACGGGACAUUUGUUGCGGCGGGUCAUCGAGAGCCUCCGAGCUUGGACACUUGGGUGGCAAAAAUUCAGCCGUUGGAAGGGGUAGUACUGAAUGUUCAAGAGAGGAUGGAAACGCUCAAAGAGUUGCUUCUCACGACAAAAAGCACCCUGGAUGACCUUGUUCCUCGCUCUGAUCAAUUGCUAGAGCAAUCGCAUCGACAAGAACGAUCACUUUUGAAAGUUCAAGAUGAACUCAAUAUGAAAACUGACUCAAUAAUCAUGGAACUGGGACAGAUUGGGACCAGUAUGAGGCACAGUGUGAGUGAAAAUCUAGCCCUGGACGAGUCAGAAAACGAGCUCAGAUUCGCAUCUCCCAAUGAUUUGGACCUCUCUGAAUCGGCUUCAGCCUUCAUAACAACGGCCUACGUCGAUGGAACCCCGUAUAAAAACUUAACCUUUUUUGGGACCGAUUUAAACUCGAGAGCCAAAGACGACAAUCUUGUCCCGACAAAAGGCGAAGGGCCCUCCUUGUACGCAACUGCGGGUUCCCGGGGUCCGAGUGUGAUCUUUCCGAGCGUAGAGAACAAGCCUAUCGUCAUCAACAGCACGUUUAUGUAUGAUUCGGGGAGGAACUUCAAGGAUGCGAAGGGUUAUUCAUGCGCUGAUUUGUACCACAAAGGCUUAAGGGAGAACGGCAUAUACUAUCUUCAAAUCGAUGGUACCCGAUUUUGGUACAUGAAAGUCUACUGUGAAAUGACAGCCUCACAAGGGGGCUGGACGAUCAUUCAACGACGAAAUGACUUUGGUGAGCCUCGGGAGAGUUUCAAUCGCGAUUGGGAAGAGUAUAAGUACGGUUUCGGCGACCCAAAAAACGAAUUUUGGUUAGGCAACGAAAACAUUCAUCUUUUGACGCAAUCUCAAGAUUGCGAGCUUAGGAUCGAGUUGGAAGAUUUUGAAGGCAACAUCCGCUACGCCGAUUAUCGUAACUUUCGCCUGGGAUCCGAGAAAGAGCAUUACCGUUUGGAAAUCAGCGGGUAUCACGGUACAGCCGGGGACUCUUUGAAUGACCCUUGGUACGGCUCCAAUCUUCGGCCAUUCUCAACGUUUGACAGGGAUCACGAUCGUUCCAGUCUGAAUUGCGCGUCUAUGCUCAAGGGUGGAUGGUGGUGGAAAUCAUGCGGUCGUGGCCUCAACGGUCUUUAUCUGACUGACCCACAAGAUUUGACGGCUCGUCAAGGCAUCGUAUGGUUUCGAUGGAGAGGUUGGGAUUACUCGCUGAAGCGAUCACAAAUGAUGAUUCGACCGCGAAAGGCGGAUUUUCGAGUCCCCAAAUUCGACGAUGGCGUAGGGUCCGAUGAGCUCCCUUCACCCGCCGCCUAAUAUCUAGUCCCCCCGUUCUCGCAAACUACAAAUUCAGAAACCUAGCUCAUUCUCCGCCAUCCUCUGAGGAAGAUGACGACGAUUCAUGACCAAUUCAUAACUAUCCUCUCUGGCGACCUUAUGACCUUAUUGUAUUCCGAGUCCAUCGGUCGGCCGUGAAUUCUAGUAAUGUUCAAUAAACACAAAAUCCAU